AUGACACAGAUGAGCACAAUGACAGAGACGGAGGAAAGCCGUACUGACCAAAAGGUGGCAGCCUUUAUGGUUGGCUUUGCCCUAGCCCAGGUACCUCGUUUAGCAGUUUCUGCCGGUAAGUUUGCUGCUGUAAGGUUCAGGAUCAGUUCUAGCUACAUUCCUCUCUUCCUUAAUCAGAUGAUUAUCUCAUAUAGAAUUGCUGCUUUAAUUGGGACAAUGGUGAUGAACGGAUUAAUUCUGGGUUAUCCUGAGUUUAAAAAAUAUCUGAACAUUGUAUCGUCCAUAUGUACCUCUUCAAUGUCGCUUUGUUAUGCUCUAACGUUAGUGACAUUCUACACUGGAGGAGACCAAGGGUACAUUACAGCUUACUACUGGGGUAUUGUAUUGACAUCAUUCAUGUACGGUUGUACUGUUGUCUCUGUAACAACUUUGGCAUCGAGCGAGAUUGCAGCAUAUCUAGCUGCUAUACCAGCGGCGUGCAUCACUUCUUCCUCAUACCAUCUCUCAUUUAUCAAACUUGGGAAUAAAUAUAGGCUUCAGAAUAUAAACUACUGGGUAGUAGUAUGGCAAAUUAUCACUGCGAUUUGUUUAGCAGUAAUUGCAGCAGGAAUUUGGAUAGUUGCAUAUGGCAGUAGCCAGACUAGUAGCAGUAGUACUAGUAAUGAUGAUUUUUGGACUGGUAUAAGACUAUCUUGGUCACCACUAUUUUUGGCUGCAUUUGGUUAUGGACUACAAUAUGCUUUCUACCCUGCCAUUGCACCUUAUAAGCUUGCUGGUAUUCAAAAGGGUUUUUACAUUUCCUUGACUCUGCUUUAUACUGGAGCAAUACCACCUGCAAUUCUACUAUAUCUUAAAGAAACAGGUAAGGGUCCAGAUAAAAAUUGGACUACUUAUUGGGGAUGGCAUUAUUCUUGGUUCCUUUUUGCUCUAGAGGUUACAUGUGCAUACAUUUUCACGAUUAUAUUGCACUAUCCAGACGGGUUUAUAGCCAGAACACUUAGGCAUAGCACGAUACUCCUCACACUUGUUAUUGUCUUGUAUGAUAUGUGUGUACAUACUACUAGGGGUAUUGGAUCUAACGGGGCCUCCAGACAAACUAAAGAGGGUAAUGGUAAGAAAAACUCAAAAAUGGCUACACUAAAUACGUUACUUUAUUCUAUAAUGCAGUUGAUAUUCGCCUUUAUGGGUAAUGGUUACCUCAAGACAUACAGGCAGGCAGAGAAGGAUCCAGACAACUGGCCUACCAAACACUUUACCACAAGAAAGGCGUUCUGGUACUGGUGUGGAUGCUCCACCAAGUGUGCAUGCAAAAAUCUUGUUACGGCCUUCACUACAGACGUCAGAGGAUCUAUCGUUGAAAAGAAGGAGCAUCUCUAUAUUGUAUAUGCCGAUGAAGUGGAUAAUAUUAGAAAGCCUCCCAAGACGAAAAAUCCUAAAGUAAUGAAGAUAGUUUAUGACAUAUAA